AUGUCUACCCUCCGAGUCAUGAAGUUCGAGCGUCCUCAUGAGUUCGCCAGGGCCAUUGCCGACUACGAUGAUUACUCCAUGAACUUCGCACUGGGAUCCCUCUUGGACUACGGCGAUAAAUCGCAGGUCCUUUCACAGGCGCGAUGGGGCGCUCCUAUGGGGGCGCUAUUGGCGGUAUACAGGGAAGAUGAGCUACUAUUAACCCUGACGAAGCAUGCGAAGAACUUCUCUUGGGUGAUGGCCUCACCGAGCCACGUUGAUCCUUCGUUAGAAGGCGACGCGUCCGACAUCGAUGCAGCAGCGACUCUCAUUGCCGAAACACUCCCGACUGUAGUCAACCCACACCUAAUGGAUAAAGUGCUGGGCCCUGAGAGGGCAGUAAAUGCAUUUAUCGAGUCGUGGGUAGCCUUCAUGGUGAAGCGAGGCGUCCAGCUGAAGACACCAGAUCCGUAUUUCCACUCUCGCGCGUGCUGUGCCACGCUAUCGACCUUACCUCCAUCUUCUAUGGUCCACGAUUACCCGGUAUCGUUGGCAAGGCUCAGCGAUGUGGACACCCUCAUACCCUUGUUCGUCGAAUUCUCAAGUCAUGGGCCCAAUCCGGUGUCACCCGAGACGGCGCGCAACAUCAUACGCGAAGGUGUAGAGGCGCGGAGAUUAUGGGCUUACCGCAUCCGAGAGGGUCUAGCAGGGUACGUUCUCGUCGGACGGGAGACGCGGCGCACAAUUGCCAUCCGUAACGUCUUCGUUCUGUCACAGUACAGACGGAAGGGCAUCGCAGAAGCCAUGGUACGAACGGUGACUCGAUAUUACCUUGGUGCUGAGACUCCCAGUGAGAUGGCACGGGCAGGAGAAUCGGCAGUGAUCGCCAAGCAUGAGAUAUGUUUGAAUGUAGGGGAUCCAGCAGUAAUGAGGAUCUACAGUCGCUGCGGCUUCAUGUUGGAUAACAACGCGCGAAACCUCGAUACUGAGAAGAGGGGAUGGUUCGCAACGAUCUGGAGGGGAGUCGAACCAAUGUAG